CCUUCCAGAGCUUUUCUGCCCGGAGCUGCCGGAUUUCGGGUGGCUAGAAGCACGAAGUGUCUGCGGAAAUAGCAGGAUCAGAAUGAGCGCCACAGAGGACCUUCUGAAGAUCGACGAGGAAUUGUAUUCCCGCCAACUCUAUGUGCUUGGGCACGAGGCCAUGCAGAAGAUGGCUACAGCAACGGUGCUGGUCUCUGGAAUGACGGGGCUGGGGGUCGAGAUUGCCAAGAAUGUGAUUCUUGCAGGAGUGAAAUCUGUCACACUCCAUGACCAGGAUGAUGCUCAAUGGAGGGACCUGUCCUCACAGUUCUACCUGUCAGAGAAUAACGUGGGGCAAAACCGAGCUAAGGUUUCCCAGGAACAUCUCUCCAAGUUAAAUGACAAUGUUGAGGUGAUCCCUCACACCAGUGAACUGACAGAGAACUUCUUGGCUACUUUCAAGGUUGUGGUCCUGACCAACUCAUCCUUGAAGGAACAGCUGGAUAUCAGUGAUUUCUGCCAUGCCAACCAAAUUUGCUUUGUCCUAGCUAACACAAAGGGCCUGGCUGGACAGGUUUUCUGUGAUUUUGGAGAAAACUUUGUGGUGUAUGAUCCUUCAGAAGCUGACCCUGCAUCCGCUGCCAUUAAACACAUCACCUUGGGUAAUCCUGGUCUCUUGACUGUGGCCCAUGAUGAUGAGCAGGGACAUUUCUUUAUGGAUGGUGACUGGGUGAUGUUCUCUGAGAUUGAGGGGAUGACACAACUGAAUGGUUCUAAGCCACGCCAGAUUUGUGUGAAAGGAAAAAACACCUUGGAAAUUGGAGACACCUCUUCAUUUUCCCCAUACCAACAUGGUGGGAUCAUCACUCAGGUCAAGAUGCCUCAGAAACACUCCUAUAAGUCUCUGCGAGCCUGCAUGGCUAAUCCGAAGUUCAACACCCAAGAUAGUAAGAAAAUGUUUCGUUAUCAUACUCUUCAUGCAGCCUUCCAGGCACUUCACACAUUCCAGAAUAAAUAUGGUCGACUGCCUAGCCCUCAGAAUCAGGAGGAUGCAGACAUGUUAGUUGAACUGGUGAGGAUCCCAGCUAUGGAUCAGGAACAAGAGAAUCUGAUACGGACGUUUGCGUAUGGAUGUAUGGGAGACCUGAGCCCUAUGAAUAGCUUUAUUGGAGGCCUUGCUGCCCAAGAAGUCCUAAAGGCUGUCUCGGGGAAAUUCACCCCUUUGGAUCAGUGGCUGUACUUUGAUGCUUAUGAAUGCCUGCCUGAGGGGGAUCAGCUGACAGAGAAAAACUGUGCCCCAUGUGACAGUCGCUACGAUGGGCAGAUUGCUGUCUUUGGGGCUGACUUCCAAAAACGACUUGGGAAGCAGAAGUAUUUCCUGGUAGGAGCAGGGGCAAUUGGCUGUGAACUCUUGAAGAAUUUCGCAAUGAUUGGCUUGGCUGCUGGCGAGGGUGGGGAGAUCACUGUGACAGACAUGGACAUCAUUGAAAAAUCCAACCUGAACAGACAGUUCCUUUUUCGACCACAAGAUGUAUCUAAGCAGAAGUCAGAAGUGGCUGCAGCUGCCGUAAGACGUAUGAAUCCCAACAUCAAUGUAAUAGCUCAGAAAAAUCAGGUUGGGCCUGACACAGAACACUUCUAUGGGGAUGACUUCUUCCUGGGCUUGGAUGGUGUAGUCAGUGCCUUGGACAACUUUCAAGCCAGAAACCAUGUCGGCGAAAGAUGUGUGCACUACCUCAAGCCUUUGCUUGAUUCAGGGACUGAUGGCACCAUGGGAAAUGCCCUGGUCUUUGUGCCUUACCUGACAAAGACCCAUGGACAUAUUCAGGAUGGGGACGGUAGAGACUUCCCUCUCUGCACUCUGCGCUAUUUUCCCAGCAACAUCCAGCACACCAUUCAGUGGGCCCGAAAUCAAUUUGAGGAUCUUUUCAAAAGAAGAGCAGAGGACACUAACAAAUUUCUGAGGGAUCCCACCUUCUUUGAGAAAGAAGGCAUGGAAACUUGGGAGAUGCUGAAUCAAAUGAAGAUGAGUCUUAAGGAGCAGCCACACUGCUGGCGAGAUUGCGUGGCCUGGGCCCGGAAACUUUGGGAGCGUCUUUUCUGUCACGACAUCCUGCAGUUGCUGUACAACUAUCCACCUGAACAUGAGUCGAGCCCUGGACUUCCUUUCUGGUCGGGAUCCAUGCGAUGCCCUCACCAACUCCAGUUUGACUACAAUAAUACCACCCACAAGAACUUCAUUGUGAGUGCCAGUCGUCUCUUUGCCAAGACACACAGGCUGCUUGUUCAUGAAGAUGAAGCUACUACUUCCCAGGUCCUCCUUGAGUUGCAUCUCCCACCCUUCCACCCACAUAAAGGGAUUCAUAUCCCUGCUACCGAUGAGGAGAUUCCAACAUUACCAAAUCAGACAAGGCUGGCAGAACUCAAGCAAGAAUGGGGAAAGCUAAAAGAGGAGCUUGAAAAAGACAGUGACCUCGUAUCUGGUCAUAUGGAGCCACUUCACUUUGAGAAGGAUAAGGACUCCCAUUUGGAAUUCAUCACGCAUGCAGCCAAUCUGCGAGCUGAGAACUAUGACAUUUCUCCAGUGGAUAAGUUCCAGGCCAAGAGGAUUGUGGGCCGGAUUGUACCUGCUAUUGUCACAACAACAGCUGCUGUAGCUGGCCUGACCUGCCUGGAGCUUUACAAAUUGGUGUGGCAGCACAAGGAUCUUGGUUCGUAUCGCCAUAGCUCCUUCCAGCUCUCUGAUCCGUUCCUCAGUCGCGCCCAGGCUGUGCCAUCUCCACAAGCGUACAAGUAUCAGCAGAAGACAUGGAAUUGCUGGGACAGAAUUAUUGUGCCUGGUUUUAAUUCCAAAGGAGAAGUUGUUACCUUGAGAGACAUCUGUGAUCAUAUCCAGAGGGAGCAUGACCUUGUGCCUCAGAAGUUGCUAUUUGGGGCAGCCACUCUCUAUGAUAAGGAAGAUGAAAUCAAAGAGGAACAGCCUCCUUUCAGCCUGACGGAAUUGAUUCGUAAAAUCACUGGAAAGCCAAUCCCCAAGGAUUGCCGUCUCUUGAUAUUGUCCAUGGUCUGUGAAAACGAAGAACUUGAUGAUGAAUUGCCACCUGUUCAUGUCAUGCUUCAAACCAACCAGUAGUCAGAAAUAAAUUACUUGUGCAACAGAUCAGAAAGGAAGCAAUCUCAUUCAAUCAGACAGAAGCGGUGACAGUGGCUGGUCUGAACACAAAUUAAAUGCAAGAAUGCGCUUUGGUGAAGGGAUGAAGUGAUGUGCCCUCUCCAGUCUACCACUUAAAUUUGCCUGCAGGAGUUAUCCUACUCCUGAGGGCCAUGAACAGAUAAUUUGUUGGAAAUGAAUAUGAAGUGCAUCUUACAGAAGUUCUUUUGUUGUACCCUGAAUCUCACUUCUCCUUAUGUUCCUAUAUCACAUCAGUUGGGUGCCUGGCAACAUUACAUUAACCUGCUCUACUUUGCCAGAAAGUUUAUUGAACUGGCAUCCACCUUGAGCGUUGGUCUAUGAUUUGUAGGCAGCACUGCAAAUGUGGGUGGGGAUUCACCUCGUAGUCCAGCACAGCUGAAAGGCUCCAGGCUAGGAACAUCUACCUUAAAGGAUGGGAUAUUUUCAUUAUCUCAGCACCGAAAGACCUAAUCUUCAACGUUCAACUAGUAUUUCCAAUUAGAUGAGAGCUCAAGGGACACGCCAGGAGAGGUUUUGGAAAGUCAGUUGCAAUUAGAACAGGCAGCGUUGGGCUAGAAGUAGCAAUAAUCAACCAGAGUACCUUCAAGCUUCCAGCUGUCCCUGUAGUUUGAAUAAGUGCAAUGGGAAGAGAGACAUUGGAGCACUGUGAGAUAUUUGAGAGGCGAUAACUUGUGCUGUAGUUGAGGGCAAAAUCUGAUUUUAAAUGCCUUGAUUGUUGAUUAGGCAGCGUGGCGCAAACCAUUGUCUUUUUUCUUACAGUAAGAUAGGAUUAUCAUGGGGAUGAAUGAGACUUUGUAAAUCAUUCAUUAUGCAUGCCGAAAGGAAGAUCAGAAGCUGCCUUAUACAAGGGCUUCAUCAUCUGCCUCGCUACCUAUCUCACUAUUUAACAAUUAUGGGUGGAGUUCUUUUAAGCCCUACGUGCAGAUACCAAGGACUGAAUGGGCAUCUUGCAUUUAAAAUACGUGCUCUCCCAAGGUAGCCUGCUCCCGAUUACACAUUGUUGCCAAUGGAGUUGAUAGUGCCCAUGGCUUUUCAGGAUAAACCACAGCCUCCCUGAUUGUUGGCCACCUGGACUUCAUGAAGGAAACUCACUAUUGCAGAUAGAUCCAGAAGAAAUGUGUGUAUUUAUAAGCAAAUUGCUUUGCUGUAUUGUCCCUAGUUUUAGUUGUUCUGUCCACUCAGAUCCGUCUUCAUUGUGACAGCUCUAUAGAUACCGGUAGUCCUCAACUUAGGACUGUAAUAGAGUCUGCCCAUUAUAGUCAUAAGUCAUGAGGGCUGUAAAGCAGGCUAUCAGGUGACCAAUCUGAUUAUACAAGCUAUCUUUUGCAGCAGUUAAGUGCAGCCAUUGUUCACUGUGAGGUUUUCUUUUUUGCCAAAAGCCACAAGUAAACAUUGGUUUUCAG